CCUAGUACAAGCUGUUUGAUUGUUUAGAAAUACAAGUUUAAAUGUAAUUUCUGCUCAGAAGACUCAAAAACUCAAGAAAUAUUGCAAAUUUUAGUACAAUAUAUAAGUUGAGCAUUCUCCCACUGACUAUAAAUCAAUAGAAAAACAGACAAAAUGGCACCAAAAAGAAAAAAGAAAACCGGGAAACUAACAAAAAUGACUGAUGAAGAAAGAGCGAUUUUCCUUGAACAACAAAGAGUUGCUGAAGAAGAACUAAAAACAAAAAAGAUGGCACUGUUAACUCAAUAUCUACAAGAUAAACUUAAUCAUGAAGAAAGGUUUACUAAACUUAAUAAAGCAAAACUGACACAUUAUUGGCGAACUAUUAUGAGAGAGACGAAGUCAAAAGAAUUGAAAAGAACUAUAGAAAUAUUAUCACAAACAUUUGAAAGAAUUAUGGACCGGUAAAGCGUCAAUGUCUUAAAUUUUUUAUCAAUUUGUUUGUUCAAUAUUUUUCAAAGAAAAGAAAGUAUCAUCAAAACACUUGUUGCGGAUCUUAGUGAGGCAGAUGAACAGCAUUUGAUGGCUCUGCGUUCUCAUCUACAGAAUGUAGAUAUUUUAAUAGAUUUACAAAAUCAAAGAUUACAUAAAUUAAAAACUAAUUAUGAAAAGGAAUUGCACUCUUUGGUAGAAGAAUUCUUAAAAGAAGAAAACUUUACUAAGCAACAACACGAUAAACAAGUCAAUGACUUAAAAGAUAUAUUUGUUGCACUGGAUUCUACAUAUACUGCCAAAGCACAUGAAGCUGUAAUUGAUCAGACUAGUUUGAAGGAUGAUCUGAAGAAUAAAAGUUUGGAGGAAAAACAUACAUUGAGAAUAAAUUUGGAGAAUAAGGUCAAUAGUUUGUGGUCUGAAUUCAAACAGGCUUCCACUCAAUACACGACAACUACCAAUGAAAAAAAGACAUCUUUCGAAAACUUAAAAGCAAAAGAUGAACGUUCAGCUGCUGAAAUUCAAUUACACUUAAACAAAAUCCAAAAAAUCAAUGAUAAUAUAUCGGCUACUAGACGUCGUAUGUUAAAAACAUCUAAGGAAUAUGAAGAAAAAAAUCGCAACUUAAAAGAAGAACGUGAUAAGUUAGUUGUUCGAUUCCAAGUCUUGAAGAUACAAAUCAAUAAAUUACGUGAUCUACAACAUGAAAAACUGGUUAAAAUGUCAGUUGAAAGUGGGGAUGCUAUAAAAAAGGUUCAAUGUUUAUUGGAAAAAGCAGAGAAAAUUAUUAAGUUAGGUGAACAGUGCAGAAAGUAUGAGACAGAAGAGGAAAAAGUUACACCAUUCUAUUCAUCAUCUUUAUCAGCGGAAGAAGAAAGUGCUGUGCAAGAAUCGUUCGAAAAAGAACAGAAUGAAGAGAUGAUGAAGAUAUUAAAACGAUGCCUUCCACUUGAAAUGUUUUGGAAAAGAUUUAAUAAAGUUCAAUUAGAUCGUUUAGCAAUAAUUAAAGAAUACAAUAUGUUAGAACAAGAAAACAUUCAAUUAAAAUUAUUAUUGAAACAAUAUUUAGACGGUAUAUCAGUUAAUAGUGAAGUUAUAUCUGGUGAUAAUUCAUUAAUUGUUAUAAAUGGACGAUCAAAUUUAAAACACAUGAGCAUAAUAGAUGAUCCACGAAUUAGAUUGAUAUCUACUGAUGAUGAUAGUGUACAGCCGAAAGAAAUGAUAAACUAUGCUACUACUCCCGCCGCAGUUGACUAUCGAAUAAGACAGACAACUUAGACAAAAAGAUUCUACAACAAGAAUAAUAUAAAAUCCAAGGCAAGACAUAACAAUGAUGAGGAUUUUAUGUGAUUUACUAUAUGCCUACAAAGUAAUUCAAUGCUGAAUCAAAUUAAAGAGGUGGCUGAUAUAGAAAUACAUUGUUCAUAAUAAACGUUUUGUUUCUCGUUGAAAGAUUUAUUCAG